GGAUGGUCGAGCUCGCUUCUUAACCCUCUGACCCCGCCCCCCCAGUGUUAUCAAACGUGACGUCACCUUCUGUCAGUGCGGCGUCGUUAGGUGGGGCGGGGGCUGCUGUUGUUGCUCUCGUCGUCCAGGACUUCAACAAUCUUCCACACCGAUCAAAGUCAAACAACGGAUCAUACUGUAAUCAUCCAUUAAAGGAUAUAACCGAUCUCUAUCGAUUCCGCCGCUAUCUCGAGUGAAGAUGGGGAGCUGUUUAACUGUGGGACCAAAUGAAGCUCUGGUGGUUUCCGGUGGUUGUUGUGGCCCUGAUAUGAAGACCUACGCCGUUGGAGGCUGGGCCUGGGCUUGGUGUCUCAUCUCGGACACUCAAAGGAUAAGCUUAGAGAUCAUGACUCUGCAGCCACGAUGUGAGGAUGUGGAGACAGCGGAGGGGGUCGCCAUCACCGUCACAGGCGUGGCUCAGGUGAAAGUCAUGACGGAGCAGGAUUUGCUGGCCGUAGCUUGUGAGCAGUUCCUGGGUAAAUCGGUCAUGGACAUCAAAGCUGUGGUUCUGCAGACUCUGGAGGGACAUCUGCGCUCUAUUCUUGGUACCUUGACUGUAGAGCAGAUCUAUCAGGACCGGGACCAGUUUGCUAAACUGGUGAGGGAGGUAGCAGCUCCAGAUGUGGGCAGGAUGGGUAUCGAGAUUCUCAGCUUUACCAUCAAGGACGUGUAUGAUAAACUGGAUUACCUGAGCUCCCUCGGGAAGACCCAGACUGCAGCUGUCCAGAGGGAUGCAGACAUCGGUGUUGCUGAGGCAGAGAGGGAUGCUGGGAUACGGGAAGCAGAAUGUAAGAAGGAGAUGAUGGACGUUAAAUUCAAGGCGGACACCAAGAUGGCUGACUCCAAACGAGAACUGGAGCUGCAGAAAGCUUCUUUCAACCUGGAAGUCAACACUAAGAAAGCAGAGGCCCAGCUGGCCUACGAGCUGCAGGCGGCCAAAGAGCAGCAGAAGAUCCGCCUGGAGGAGAUUGAGAUCCAAGUGGUGCAGAGGAAGAAACAGAUCACUAUCGAGGAGAAAGAGAUCGACCGCACAGACAAGGAGCUCAUUGCCACUGUGAAGAGGCCGGCUGAGGCCGAGGCCUACAAGAUGCAGCAGCUGGCUGAGGGGCAUAAGACCAAGACUGUGCUGAUCGCCCAGGCUGAGGCAGAGAAAAUCAGGAAGAUCGGAGAGGCUGAGGCCUCCUCCAUUUCAGCAGUGGGAAAGGCGGAGGCUGAGAAGAUGAGACUGAAGGCUGAGGCCUAUCAGCAGUACGGAGAGGCAGCUAAGACUGCCCUGGUCCUCGAGGCUCUUCCCAAGAUUGCUUCCAAAGUGGCAGCGCCAUUAGCCAAGACCAACGAGAUCGUCAUCCUGAGCGGGGAGGGCAGCCGCGUGACGGGUGAGGUCAACCGUCUUCUGGCUGAACUUCCUGUGUCGGUCAACGCCCUCACAGGAGUGGACUUGUCAAAGAUCCCGCUGCUGCAGAAAAUGGCCGGUACUCAAGCCUGAGAGCAGUGACGCCACAUGACUUCAGUAACUGUUGUAUGCACUCUGAUAGACUGCCUUUAAUACACUUGAAGAAUUUUGUUGUUUUAUACGUAUAUAUACUGUAUACCAAGUGAAUUUUGGAAACCUCUGGUGCCUUACUUUAUACAGGACCAGAAUAUCUGCAUGCACUGCUGCUCAUUCAACAAUGUUUUUAUUUGGUUUUCAACAUGGGAACCUUUUUUGUUAUUAUUAUUAUUUUCAAAUAUAAAUUGGCCCAUUUGUAUGAAAUGUCAUUGAAUUGGAGAGCUGUUUGCUAUACCUACUGACACUCACUCAGGUUCGAUCCAGCUGGUGGUGACUGACAGCAGAUGUUAACACAUAUUCUUUGAUAUUUGUACAUCAGGGCCUUUUCUUUUUCAGACACCUUGGCGUGUUUCUCGGCCUUUUUGCUGAUUUAUAUGCCUCUUUCUUUGUUUUAUGACACAUCUGCAUUCCCUUGAUAAUCUGAAUAUUUUUAUUGUACUUGUGGAGUUUUUGUUGUAUUGCACAUGUUGUAUUUUAACUUUUGCCGUAAUUCAGGUUAAUUUAUGUCUCAGUGAUUCAUUUUACAAUGUAACAGGUGCUCACAGUCUUAAAAGAAGCCCUUUCAUUGUUCAAGUUUUGUCGGCUCCUUUGCAAGAAGUUUCAUUCUCCACAAACUGUGGCUUGCAGGCAUUAUAGAUUAUAAUUAUAGAACGUUUAUUCACAUGCUGACAAGAAGACUGAAGGCAGUUUCAGCUCAUGUGCUGAUAUAGUUGGCGUGUAAUUUGGUCCUGUAAUAUUUUGUGUACAUUUUAAUGUAAGUUAAAAAAAAGUGUGGGCCUUAAUUAAGGUCAAAAAAUGGUUGUUGGAAGAAAAAAAGAUCACCAGGAAGAGGGCCAAUUGGAAAAAAAAACGGCUCGCUUGGAGUUAAAAUGUGUUUAUAUUGUGGAAAAAAAGUUUCAUGUGAAUAGAUUCUAAAAAUGAAAGGCCAAACAGUGAUGCCAAAUAGAAUAGAUCACAGUUUAAGUUUACUUGUACAAAAAGGAUUUAGCAAACGUCAUAGAUUAUCUGAUGUUUAAUUUCAUACUAUAAAGAACUUUAGAUGCGUCAUGUUUGACAGGGUGUGUCAACAAAUCAACGUUUGUCAGAGAAACACAAUUCCUGUUCGAUGUUUGUUCCUGUUUUAUUUAUUUUUAUUUAAAUUGUGACAUCAGAUAUAGAAGGAUAUUUAAGCAGAGUUCUUUAAUCUAUUAAACUAUUUUUCAUCUGUAUUAAGCCAUGAUAUCACUGUUUGUAAACGCUCAAAACGCUCUGUUGUUUGGCGCUCUAGUACACUUAAUGUGAAGUUUCAGUGCAGCAGUAAAAAUGAUCUGUCAAAGGUUUAGAGGGAAAAGACUGUGGGGGAAUAACUCGUUGACCCCCUCCUAUGAAAUGUGUUUCAUGCUAAAAUGAAAAUGUGUUUAGUUUGAACCUCGUGUCUAAAACGGUUGACACAUCAAACACAGUAGUAGUUUUAUAUUUGGCUGAAGAAACAGCCAGUAUGAGAAUACCAACGCAGAAUUAACAGACGACUGUUAUUGUUGUUGUUAACAUUGAUUAUUGUGCCCAUCCUCAGUUGAUUUAUGUUUGUAUCAUUCUGUGAUGAAUACUGUGACCAUUGAUUUGAUCAGCUUUAAAUGUGUCCGUUGUAUAGAUGACAGAGUUAAGUUAUUUCCUAAUGUUAAUUACAACAUGUACACUGUGUGUCUCAAACAAACACGAGUUCUUGUAUGCUCUUGCUGCAUGUCCAUCCUCCUGUACACAGAAUAAUCGGUUCACUCUUAGAGAAAUGUCAUUCUAAUAAAUCCAAAUGCCAUCAUUUAUUUUAUUUUCAGGGCCAUUUUCACACCGCAAAUGUUUUUAAUACUCCUGAUAAAGCUUCAGGUUACAUCAACAGACACACACUUAAUGGUAUGUAAUCUCUUAAGAGACAAUAAAACGAGAUUUGAGUCAUAA